CUGUUUUGUACCAUUUUCCAGAUCUGUGCCUUGUUACAAUCCAGUCUCAGAGGCCUACAGUUUCUUCAAACCAGUUCUUGGCUGGGUUUGUGCUCUGACAUGUAUUGUCAACUGUAGGACAGAAAUGGGUGAACCAGAUCCAGAAGAGGAACAAUGUACAUAUCCGAUUUCCCUGUCGGGGAGUCUCAUCGGUGCCGGCCUGCAGCAGUUUGUGGAAGAACGGAUGCAAAGCACCAUGUUGACUGGAAUGUUAAUUGGGGCUGUGGUGGCAGUCUGCCUAAUAGGCAUCGCUGUGCUCUUCCUCUACCGCAGAUACAAACUAGCAACAGGUCAGCAGGCAGGAACUCCUCGGUAUCGCUUCAGGAAGAGGGACAAGGUUCUGUUCUAUGGCAGAAAGAUCAUGAGGAAGGUCCAGACCCUGUCCUCCACCCCAUCCUCCACUUCAGUGUCCAAACAGCGCCCUCGGAAGAGACCUAAAGUUCUGAGCAUAGCGCGCAGGAUCUUGCGGAUCAGGAAGGAGCCGCCAACCCUGCAGCCCAAAGAGCCGCCCCCGUCUCUCCUGGAGGCAGAUCUCACUGAGUUUGAUGUGCAGAACUCUCACUUACCCUCUGAAGUGCUUUACAUGCUGAAGAACGUAAGGGUGCUAGGACACUUUGAGAAGCCGCUGUUCUUGGAGCUUUGUCGCCACAUGGUGUUUAUUGAGCUGCAGGAGGGCGAGGGGCUGUUCAGGCCGGGAGAUGAUGAUGACAGCAUUUACGUGGUCCAGGACGGGAGACUGGAGCUGUGUAUUCAUGAAAAUGACGGUACAGAGCCUGUGGUGAAGGAUGUGCUACCCGGAGACAGUGUUCACAGCCUGCUCAGCAUUCUAGACACUAUAACCGGUUAUCCGGCCCCCUAUAAGACAGUGUCUGCUCGCGCAGCAAUGCGCUCCACUAUCCUGCGCCUGCCUGCCUCAGCCUUCCAGUCGGUGUUUGAAAAAUACCCAGAGACGUUAGUGAGGGUUAUACAGAUAAUAAUGGUGCGGUUGCAGAGAGUGACCUUCCUUGCUUUGCACAACUACCUGGGACUGACCACUGAACUCUUCAAUUCUGAGAGGCAGGCAGUACCUCUGACCGCGGUGAACAGCGUGAUUGCUGAGGGGAGCCUCAGCCGUCUGCCUCGCAGGCCCCACUUUCACACACCAGACUUUGAUGAGCAGAGCCAGGGGCCCACAGACUCUACAGACUCAGAUGGAGGGAAAACCAGUUCUUCAGAGAAUCUGUCCACAGCGUUCAUCAGGAAACCUCGCUCAGUCUCCAUGCCUGUGGACAGCACAGGAAAUGACCUGAGCAUGGCGUACGAGCGAGCCAGAGUGAACAUGGAGGAUCCACCAUCCAGCCCAGUUCAGUACAAGUCUAUUUUGAAGAAAACUGUGACCAUGCAGCAUACGCCAUCUGCGGUAUUCCACUACACAGACAGCAAGGGGCCUACAGAUGUUCACCCCAGUAAAGUGGGUGCUAUCUUCCAGGCAGCUAAGAAAGACCUUCUGGGGAUCAUCCAGCUGCAGGACCCCAGUCUUCUAGAGGGCAGAGUGACUCUGCAUCAGGUGAAGGCAGGCUCUGUUGUGGCGCGUCAAGGAGACCAGGAAGUGAGUGUGCAGUUUGUGAUUUCGGGAUUGCUGCAUGUGUAUCAGCGGAUGAUUGACCGUGAGGACGAGACGUGUUUAUUUGUGACUCACCCAGGAGAGCUGGUGGGUCAGCUGGCCGUUCUCACGGGAGAGCCUCUUAUUUUCAGUGUGCGUGCUCACCGUGACUGCACUUUCCUCUCCAUCUCUAAAACACACUUCUACGAGAUCAUGCGUGCAGAGCCCACGGUGGUUCUGAACAUUGCUCACUCUGUGGUGCGCAGGAUGUCCCCGUUCGUCAGGCAGAUCGACUUUGCUCUAGACUGGAUGGCUGUGGAAGCUGGCCGAGCUGUAUAUAGGCAGGGUGAUAAGUCUGACUGUACGUUCAUAGUUCUCAGCGGACGCUUGCGUUCAGUGAUUCUGAAGGAGGACGGGAAGAAAGAACUGACUGGAGAGUACGGGAGAGGAGACCUCAUUGGAGUGGUGGAGGCGCUAACCCAUCAGAACAGAGCCACUACCGUACAUGCCGUACGAGACUCAGAACUCGCCAAGCUGCCGGAGGGAGCACUCAGCUCCAUCAAGAGGAAAUUCCCUCAGGUGGUCACACGGCUCAUUCAUCUGCUUGGGCAGAAGAUCCUUCAACAAGUUAAUGGGCCUCUGACAGCUCGCAGUCUGGCUCUGCACACUCCCGGCAGUAAGUGGGAUGCUGGGAAUCCAGCCUCUAACCUGUCCACCGUGGCUGUGCUGCCUGUGUCUGAGGAGGUCCCUCUGACUGCGUUCACGCUGGAGCUGCAGCACGCUCUCAUAGCGAUCGGUCCCACACUCCUCCUGAACAGUGACAUCAUCAAACAGCGCUUGGGCUCUGCAGCACUGGACAGUGUGCACGAGUACAGGCUGUCGAGUUGGCUCGGCCAGCAGGAGGAUAUUCACCGUAUUGUUUUAUACCAGACCGACGGCACCCUCACCCCCUGGACGCAGCGCUGUAUUCGCCAGGCUGACUGCAUCAUCAUUGUUGGACUUGGGGAGCAGGACCCAGCGGUGGGCGAGCUGGAGCGGAUGCUGGAGGGUAGUGCAGUGAGGGCUCAGAAGCAGCUGGUGUUGCUACACCGUGAGGAUGGUCCUCCACCCACAGGAACGGCCGAGUGGCUCAACAUGCGCAGCUGGCUCUCCAGACACCUGCACCUGUCCUGCCCCCGCAGGGUCUUCUCCAAGAGGAGCCUUCCCAAACUGAGAGAGAUGUACCAGCGGGUGUUCCAGAAGCCUGCAGACCGCCACUCAGACUUUUCCCGGCUGGCACGAGUCUUGACUGGAAACGCCAUUGCUCUGGUGCUGGGAGGAGGAGGGGCCAGGGGCUGCUCUCAGGUGGGAAUCCUCCGAGCGCUCACCGAGUCUGGGAUCCCUGUGGAUCUGGUGGGCGGAACCUCCAUCGGCUCCAUGAUGGCGGCUCUGUACGCUGAGGACCGCAGCUACAGCCGGAUGAGGAUUAGAGCCAGGGAGUGGGCCAUGGAAAUGACGUCAGUGUUUAAAAAGAUUCUGGAUCUGACCUACCCCAUCACGUCCAUGUUCUCUGGAGCAGCAUUCAAUUCUGGCAUCAAUGGCGUCUUCCAGAACAAGCAAAUUGAGGAUCUCUGGAUCCCUUACUUUAACAUCACCACUGACAUCACUGCUUCCACCAUGAGGGUGCACACGGACGGCUCUCUGUGGAGGUAUGUGCGUGCCAGCAUGUCUCUAUCUGGUUACCUUCCUCCUCUUUGUGACCCCAAAGAUGGACACCUUAUCAUGGAUGGAGGCUACAUCAAUAACCUGCCAGCGGAUGUGGCGAGGUCUAUGGGAGCUAAGGUCGUGAUAGCCAUUGAUGUGGGCAGCCAAGACGAGACCAAUCUCACUAACUAUGGAGAUGCCCUGUCCGGAUGGUGGCUGCUAUGGAAACGCCUCAACCCCCUGGCAGAGAAAGUCAAAGUGUUGAACAUGGCUGAGAUUCAGACGCGGCUGGCCUACGUGUGCUGCGUGAGGCAGCUGGAGUCCGUUAAGAACAGUGAUUACUGUGAAUACAUUCGACCUCCGAUCAACAGAUACCGCACUCUGGAGUUCGGCAAGUUUGACGAGAUUGCUGAGGUGGGCUACCAGCAUGGGAAGACUGUGUUUGACGUGUGGAGCAGGAGCGGAGUGAUAGAGAAGAUGCUGAAGGACAGACGACAGGAGGAGUUUCACAACACCCACAGCAACAACAUGGUGACUUGUCCAAACGCCUCCUUCACUGAUCUGGCAGAGAUAGUGUCUCGCAUCGAACCUGUCAAACAGGCUCUUGUAGAUGACGAGUCAGACUAUCACACAGAUUAUGAGGAGGAGCUGGUGGAGAGUGCACUGUCAGACAUGGAGCUGCCAGCACACUGCAGUGAACAUACAGAGGAGGAGCUUACUGCUGAUACUGAUGAAGAACCUGAGAGAGCCCUAAAGCAGCGUCUGCUCCUCAACCCAGAAACUGUGGGGACUGCAUCCUCUCCUACCUCAAGCCCUGAAGACUCCUCUACAGCACGAGCCAGAAAAGACUGAGGACAUCAAAACCACAGGCCUGACUCUGACCUCUGACCCCUCACUGUGCCUGAAUGACCAUCCACUGAAGUGGGACCAACACUGACAUUAUGAAAAAGCAGCAAAGUCUUCUAUACACAAAUAGCUUUCCUACCCACUGUGUCCCAGUCUGUCUCACUGUCCUCGUCCUUGGUGGAGACAUUUGGAAAUAAUUGGGAUGUGGAAAGUCUGCUGGCAGUCAGAGGAUGCGGAGGUGUUGCAGUUCUAUUUAGGAACAUGUGACUUGCUUCAUCUAAACUCCUGAGCAUUCACUUGUGUAAAUACAGUCUGUUAUGGAAACACUGUGUUAGUACACACACAUUAAGAACAUUUCUGCAGACGUCCAUACUGUUACUGUACAAACGUCAGAUCUACAGAUUCUGAUCAGGUCAUGUUCCUCUCAAAGCACUAAUGAAAGAUCUAAUGGGGGAGACAGAAGUGACUUAGACAAUCUGCUAUAUGUGUAGCUCUACACUUCCUAGAGAUACAUCACUCUGGUACUAUAUAUAUAUAUAUAUAUAUAUAUAUAUAUAUAUAUAUAUAUAUAUAGUACCAGUCAAAAGUUUGGAUGCACCUUCUAAUUCAUUUUUUUUCUCUUUUGGCCUUUUUCCUACAUUGUAAAUGAAUACUGAACUCAUCCAGACUAUGAAGGAACACAUAAGGAAUCAUGUAGUAAAAUUAAAAGUGUUAAACAAACCAAAAUACUCUGUGAAGCAGUUAGGUGGCUUUUAUCUGGUAACUUUGAUUAACUUAUCCUGUACAACAGAAGUAACUCUUGCUCUUUCUUUCCUGGGAACGGUCCUGAUGAGAGCCAGUUUCAUCUUAAUAAAUACAAAAUUACUUUAAGAAAUAAAGGUCAAUUAAGUUGAGUAGUUCCUGCCAUAGUAAUAAUUAGAACAUGACUCAAAUAGGGCUAUUCACUGUAUACCUUUAACUCUACCUCUUUACAACUUUACAACUGAUGUUCUCAAACACAUUAAGAGUAUAUAAAAAAAUAUAAAACCUAUUCUGUUUUGUUUAACACUUUUUUGUUUACUAAAUAAUUUCAUAUGUAUAUUUUUAUACAUUUGAUGACUUAUUAGUAUUCAUCUACAAUGCAGAAAUUAAAAAAUGGUGUGUCCAAAUCUUUGGCUUGUACUGCAUGUGUAUCAAAGUGAUAUCCUACAGAAAGUAGCUGCUGCUUUACAGCCAUAUCUUUAUUUAAAUACUCAGCAGUAAAUGCUCAAAUGACACAAAUCAAAGGUUUAGUUUAGCUCUGGUGAUCAUAUUUUUCCCAUCUGGUACAUUUAGGGAAGAAUCCAGAAAGAAAAAUGAGGGGCACCUAGAGUUCCUGCUGCUUUUAUCCAUUAAUGCUUUGACUCGCCUUAAUUGCAGAUGUUAUCGGGUCUCAUUUUUUAAAUGUAGAAUUGAAAUCUGAUACAUAUCUAACUUGUGGCAAGGCUGAUGUUUUAGAUAAUAGAGCUCAUCAAUAUUUAGGGUUGAGAUCUCUGUUCAAACUAAAUUUAAAGACUUAUAAAAGAAAUGACCAAACUUGACCAGAGGAGGAUUUGGCUGCAGUGUCAAAGAAAAAUGUGUAAAAACUUUUAAGAAACAAUGGAAACCAAGAAUGUUGGUGUGGCCAACAGCUUGAAUACAUCGAACUUAUCAGUGUUAGUCCUAUCUGUUUGGAACUAUUUAUUAAGAAAAAAGACUUAUUAGUAAGAAAAGCAGAUUCAGACCACUUUACCUACUGUAUGAGCGUAGCCUACAAUCAUAUAUAUAGCCUACGAUCAAGUUUUGAUAAGAAGUGUGAUAUUAAACUGAGCUGAGCAGUAGCAUGCUGGAUACCUAUGGUUAUGUGAAGGAGCUGAGAAUGAUUUUACAUUUACCUCUACUACAAAUACUACACUACAUGGACAAAUACAUUUCGGGACACCUACAGUAGCAUAUAUAGCAGCCCAUUCUAAAUCAGUAGGCAUUAAGAAACUCAUCAACCAUGCUUUAAUGAACUGUGCUUUGUGUAGGGCACAGUCAUGCUGAAAUAGAAAUUAACCUUCCCCAGACCCAAAUAUAUAUUUUUAUAUAUAAGUCAGAGGCAUACAAUUAUACAAAAAAUGUUUUGGUACAGUCAUUGAGAUUUCCAUUAAGUGGAACCAAAACUGAAAAACAACCCCAUAGCAUUAUCCCUCCUCAGCCAAACUUUACAGCUGCUACAAUUUAGAUACAGUAGUGUGAUUCAUCAGUCCACAGAACACAUUUCCACUGUUCCAGAUGCAUUGUAUUGUACUUGAUAAUGUAAGACUUAGCCAUAGAAACCUUUCCAACAUUUUGUGCUCAUGUUCUUGCCAGAGGACAUUUAAAACUCUUUGGUUUCUGAGCUAGCAGAGUGAUAGCGGCUUUUGAGCUCUAUGCUCCCCCGCUCUUUAACUGAACCUAGUUGGGACAAAAUGAGAAAUUUCAACAACUAACAUGUUGCAGUGGUGGUAUCCUAUUCUAGUACCAUGCUGGAGUUCAGUAAUUAUUAAGCUCCGCCCAUUUUUACACUAAUGUUUAAUAUAGGCAGACCGCAUGGCUAGGUGCUUGAUUUUAUCCACCUAUGACAAUAGGACUGCAUGAAACAACACCUAAAUUCAGUACUGUUUAAUUGUUUAAUUAAUUACUGAAAGUGUGUCCCAAUACUUUUGUCCAUCUAGUGUAUGUGCAUACACGCAUAGUAACAAAACCUGUUCUCAUUAAAAGCAAGCCUAUCAAUGCAACAUUUCUUUUUUUAUAUACAUAUAUCUGUUAUUUGUUUGUUUGAGUGAGCCUUGUGUGACCCACAGUGCCUUUACCUGUGCAGCCCUUAACCUCUAAUAACACUAGACUAAUAAUACAAUGACUCCUACCAAUUACACUAACAAUCUAAUGCAAACUAAUACACUAUUAAAUACAAUACAAUAUAUUAUUAAAUACACUAUUGAGUAUAGAGUAUGUAGUUGGGUAAAUAGUCUAUCUUGAUUAUCCUGAUUGGUUGUUUUAAUAUAUGUUUAAUCUGCUCUGACAUAACCGUACUGACAGAAGCCUGGAUUUGGGGACAGUUGUGUGAAUUACUGAUGCAAUUCUUAAUUUGUGUUUCUGAAGUCAAUGUUACAGAAUGUGUACAAAUAAAGUUAUGCAAUCUUUUUUUUUUCUUUACCAAAGUCCAAAAAAUGUUAAUGUACAUAGACCUCUGAAAGCAUGUACGCUGUGUAGUCAGCAGGAUGCCCAUACUAGAAACUCUAGUUUAAUUCUGUGUAUGAGCUGUGUCUGUUUCUGUAUAGAAAAUGAAUGGGUUUUUUUGGGACUGAAGUAAACAAAACUGUUUCAGUGUUACUGAAAUGUCACCAGAUCCUCUGAAUUACAAGUUUGUUAACAAAUUAAAGUAUGAAUAUUGCUACACCCAUGCAUCAGACAGAAUAACACUAAAAUGAGUUAAAAUGAUAUUGCACAGAACCUGAUUUUUUAUAUAUAUAUUUGUAGUUUAAGAUAUUUUGUAGAUAUUUCCAGCUUCAACAUGUCUGUUCAGAGGCCAGCAGUGCAUUUAGUUUUAUUUUAAAAAGCCACAUAGCAAUAGAAGCUGUAUCUCAAUUCACAGGGUAUCUCACAAUACAAUAUUAUUGUAAUACAAUGAUUCUGUGAUACCCAGUAUAUCAAAAGACAAUUAUCUACGAUACUGCACCACAUCUGUGUUACUGAAGAGGAUAAAAUAAUCCUAAAUUAGUAAAUACCAGGAGUUUUGGAUAUUCUUCAUCGCAGAUUUACUGUAUUUAUUGACUAGCGACACCACGUGAUCUAAUUGGGUGUUGAGUCUUAGAGAGUUUACAUUUACAUUUCGUGCCAUCUGGUUGACACGCUUAUGCUGAGCGACUGAUAGGUUAUUCCUAUUACAGAUUUGGGUCAACAUAGUGUUAGGAAUCUUGCCCAAGGACUCUUAUUGAACCCCAGUCUCCUCAUAAUGUGCACCACACCACUGCACCACUCCAACCAUCAACGUCACACCAACCACAUUAGAGCUAUGUUUUAGGGCUAUGUUUUAGUAAAACAGCCAUAUUUGAUGCCACGUAUCAAUACUGAAACAAUAACGAAAGAAAAAUACAAUAUAUUGUGAUAGCAAUAUUUUGUCCAACACCUAAUAAAAACUUGAAUUUAGAACCUCUGUAUUGUAGUUUUUAUUAGUAGAAAUCUUAACUUUAGAUAAUACCUGUAACCCUGUUUAUACCUGGCAACAAAAAUGGGUUGCCAUAUAUUGGAACUCAUCAGUGAUCUUGUGCUUUAGAGGAUCUUGUUACAUUUGUUAGAAGCACAGAAAGUUGCAUUUAUUCAGCUGACUACAGUAUGAUGGCAUGACUUCAGAGGUCUAUCCUCCUCUAUAGAGGCCUAUAUGAAGGUAGAUCGUAAUUUGGAUAUUUGAAUCUCACAAAAUGCAGUAUAAUAACCUGGGUUUGUACUGCUAGGGAAUGAACAAUCUUGGCAAUGUGUAUGGGAGACACUAACUAUUAAUAAAAUGUACUGUCUGUUGUA